AUGGAGCGUCAGCUGGCUUCAUUGACUGGUCUCGUGCAAAAGGCUUUGACUCAGUCAGUAGUUCCUGGGCCUCCAGUCCCACAAACACCUUCUCUUUACCAUCGUUCUGCUUCAGACAAGUCCGUAUCGUUCGAGAAGUCCGUCUCUUUCUCCGACGAGCCACCUGACAUGAACUCUCCCAAGCAGCACUCCCCGCAGCACCCAGAUCGAGAUCGACAUAAACCGACACCUCCUCCGAAGCCUGUUUCACUGUCACCUGGGCAAUACGAAAGCAGAAAUGUUUAUAGGGAUUUACAACUUACUGCUGAAAUGUAUAAUCAUUUGCGAGGUUUGCAAAAGAAAGCAAAAGAUUUACGCCAAGAAGUUCGAGCCCUUAGAAGGAUGUCACAAGCCCAGGCACAUUCAGUUAGAGAAACUAUUAGAGAUACAUUCCUAAAAAUAAGGGCUGUAUUGAUGUCUGCUGGUGGAGAGGGGCUUUGGUGUCCUAACGGUGAUGAAGCAAGGAUGAGAGUGAACCGAGAAGGAGAUUUAUACAGGCAGCAAAUGUUGCGACUUGAAUCAGAUUUAACAGAACUUGAAGGAACUGUUGAAGAAUUAAGAGGUAAUGUGAUAAAUAGGAAAACCCGAGUCAAUAUGUCAGAUGUAGAGAGUAUGGCACUUAUUUUGAGCAAAUCAAGGUUCCUAAAGGAUGAACCUGAGAGAUUAGAAAGCGCUUUAAGGAGAUGUAAGAAAUUAACUGGAACUCUAGUCACUUUGAAGCGGUUAGCAUCAGUUCAAGAGCAACGACUGCCUGAAAGCAGACUGUCUCCGAGCUUAGAUGAAACGCCACCAGUGACACCUACGUCCGGGAAGGGUGUCCCUGGAGAAGAGACGGAGCAGCUCGACGGAGAGGGGAGUGGUGGAGGGUGCCCACAGCGUGCGGAGAACCCGCUCGACGCUUUGUUAGACGAACUGCAGUCAUUCAGGGGUGUGCGAAGGCUACAUUCAGUACCACCACCACCACCCCCUCGCACCUCCUCCAAGUCACCGUCCGAGUCAUCAUCGGCAGAGAGUGUUGCCUCCCAACCUGCUCCUUCCAGGGCUGAAUUGCUUGAGGCUAAACACCGGGAACUGCUCCGUAAACAGCGGGCCCUACAGGAGCAGUACACUCGGCUCCAGAGUCUACAGCAACCACCUGACCUUCUCCAAUUAAAAAAAACAGGCUCCGAAUCAAACCUUCUUGGCAAGAUGGGCCUCACGCUUGCUCCAACUGGCUCCCUGUCCCACCUGGCCCCUGUCACCACCACAGCAACCACAACUACCACAGCAACUACCACCACAUCAAAGAUUUAUGAGACUGACAUACUAUAG